UUCGAAUCGCAUUUGUGUCUGUACAGAUAAUCUCUUUGAGAGUGUUUCAUUAUUGCUUUCUCUUCUAACACUUCAUUAUCUCAUUAUUUCCUUCCAUGGAAUUCGCGUCUUCAUCGUCCAAACUACCACGGAAUUAUGAUGUGCUCAUCAGCUUCAAUGGAGAAGACAUCCGCAGGAAAUUUGUUUCUCAUCUCGAUUCUGCCCUCUCCUCCGUUGGACUCACCACUUUCCUUCACUAUCAGAAUGCAGUGGAGUCGAUGCACGUCCAACAACCUAUUCUAAAUCUGUGUCGUGUAGUAAUAGUUGUUUUCACCAAAACCUAUUCUCAAUCUGCUUGGUGUCUUCAUCAACUUCAACAAAUCAUUGCUUGGCACGAAAGUUAUUGCCGACAUGUUCUGCCCGUAUAUUACGAAAUUCAACCCUCUGAUGUGCGUCUUCAGAAGGGUGAUUUUGGAAAAGCCUUCAAAGAAACUGCACAACAAACAUUUUCAGCACAACAACUGGAGGAUGGCAUGUCCAGGUGGAGCCACGCACUCACAAAAGUAGCAAGUCUCUUUGGAUGGGAUGAGAGCAAUCACAGGAGUGAUGCUGAACUAGUGGGCAAAAUUGUUAAGAGCGUUCUUAAUUUAUCAGCUUUGACUGCUACCAAAUUCCCAGUUGGAUUACAAGACCAAGUGGAAGAUCUAAUUCGAACUAUAAGAAAUAAGUCCACGGAUGUUUGUACAAUAGGGAUAUGUGGAAUGGGAGGAUCAGGUAAAACCACCCUUGCCAAAGCCAUCUACUAUCAAAUACAUGGUACAUUCAUGGAGAAAAGUUUCAUUGAAGAUAUUGCACAAGUUAGCGAACCGAGAGAGCGUAUUCAUUUACAGCAACAACUUCUUUCGGAUGUCCUAAAAACAAAGGUGGAGAUACAUAGCGUUGAGAUGGGAAGAAGUAUGAUUCGAGACAGACUUUUUCGGAAAAGGGUGCUCAUUGUACUUGACGAUAUAGAUGACUAUUUUCCAUUAUUAGAUCUAAGGAAAAGUCGUUCAUGGUUAAGUGAAGGAACUGUCAUAAUCAUGACAGCAAGAGACGAAGACCUACUGAGGAAACAUCAAGUUGAUUCUGUUUUUCGGAUAAAUCUAAUGAAUGAAAAGGAGUCCCUUGAGCUUCUUAGUUGGCACGCAUUUAGAGAACCAAAACCGAAAAAAGAAUACGAUUACCUUGCAAGAAGAGUAAUUUCUUGUUGUGGAGGACUACCUCUAGCUCUUGAACUCAUUGGAAGUAGUUUAUUUGAAAGGAGGGAAAAGGAAUGGCAUAGUGUAUUGGUUGGAUUAGAGGGUAUUCACAUGGAUGAUGUUGAACAGAAAUUGAAAAUAAGCUUCGAUUUAUGCAAUCAAAUGGAAAAGGCUUUAUUCCUUAUUGUUUGUCGUUAUUAUAUUGGUAAGGACAGAUCCUAUGCUAUGAAGAUCCUAAAUGGCCCUGUAGUAAACGCUGAUAGUGGAAUAAGAGUUCUCAUGGAGCGUAACCUCAUUAAAGUUAAAGCGAACAACAAAUUUGGAAUACAUCGUUUGCUACAACAAAUGGGAGUAGAAAUUUUUCGUGAAAAUUUAAAAGAGGAACCGUGGAAGCACGGGCGACUGUGGUUUGAUAAAGGUGGAGAAUAUGCAUUGGAAGUGGAUACGGUAAGAGCAUUCUUUAUAUGUGGUUUGAAACUUCCUUUGAAAGUAUUUGCUUUCUCAUGUAGUCAAUACAUUCGCUUUUCUUUGCUCUUAAAUUCACAGGGGAGAAAUGCCUCUCAGACAUUUCCUCCGAUAUUGAUUCCAAGUAGAGAACCAUCAGGUUUCCCAGAAGUUGUUACAGUUUCUAAGUACAUUUAUACGAAACUGAUAUGGAUCAAUUUGCAAGGGUUUUCUUCAGAACACCUACCUAAAGACUUUAAUAUGCAUGGUGCAGUAGCAAUUGAUUUAAAACACAGUCUUCUUCGAUUCUUCUGGAAAGAACCCCAGGUUUUGAGAUCGCUAAAAGUACUUAACCUUAGUCACUCCAUGUACUUGACAGAAACACCUGACUUUUCUAGACUACCAAGUCUUGAACAACUCAUUCUAAAAGAUUGUCCGAGAUUACGCAAAGUACACAGAUCUAUUGGACAUCUCUGUUAUCUUAUACUGCUUAAUUUGAAGGACUGUAAAUGUCUAAGCAAUCUCCCCAGAGAGAUAUAUAAGUUGAAAUCUUUAAGAACUCUUAUCCUCUCUGGGUGUUCCAAGGUUGGCCGAAUGGGAAAAGAUAUAGUGCGAAUGAAAUCCUUGAUAACUCUAAUUGCUGAAAAUACAGCAGUCAAACAAGUGCCCUUUUCAAUUGUAACUUCAAAAGCCAUUGGAUAUAUGUCAAUACCAGGAUUUAAGAGAUUGUCAUGUAAUCUUUUUCCUUCAAUCAUUAUUCGGUCUUGGAUGUCGCCAACAAUGAAUCCUGUAUCCUAUAUUCAUUCAUUGUGCAUGGAUAUCAAUAAUAGCUGGGAUGAUAUUGUGCCAUUGCUUGGUAGCGUGGCAAACCUUCGAAGUGUUUUGGUACAAUGUGAAACCGAGUUUCAACUAUCUAAGCAAGUACAAUACAUUCUGGCCGAAUAUUUUUCAAAUAUUACAGAAUCAGGAAUUUCAAAGCAGCACUUCAGGUCUUCUUUCAUUGGUGUUGGAGCAUACUAUGAAUUCUUCAAUGCUGUCAGCGGUAACAUAUCUGAGGUAUUAUUGGCAAGUAGUGAAUCCUCUGAUAUCUCUCUUCUAGGUGACACCCAUCCUUAUUGGUUUGCCUAUAUGGGUGAGGGAGAUUCUGUUUCUUUCACUGUGCCUCCAGAUAUUGAUGUGAAAGGAAUGAUUUUGUGUGUUGUUUAUUUAUCAACGCUUGAAAUUGAGGCAACUGAAUGUCUUAGAAGUGUCUUAAUUGUUAAUUACACAAAUUGCACAUUACAGAUAUACAAACAUAGCCCAGUAAUUUCCUUUAAUGAUAUAGAUUGGCAUGAUAUAAUGUCAAAUUUGGGACCUGGAGAUAAGGUGGAGAUUUUUGUUACUUUUGGUCACAGAUUGGUGGUGAAGAACACAAUACUCUAUCUUAUAUGUGGUGAAUCAAAUUACUUGAGAAAAGAGCCAGAGUCAAAGAUGAAUUUUCUCCUUAGAUUUAUAAUGAAAAUUGUAAUGUGUGACUUCUAGUAAGUGAUUUUAUCUUCUUUGAGAACUGCAGGAUCCCUUUAGUUAUGGAAUUGAUCUGUGUCCUUCAUUGAAA